CCCAUUCCAUGUCUAUCAAGGAGUGUUUUGUGUUAUCAAAAUGGGGCAGAACCUCUUCAGUUUGAGUGCUCCUAUGUUAUUGACCGUGCCCCCUCUCCCUCUCUGUCUGCUGAACCAAUGCAGGUAAAUGAGAUGCAGCUUUAAAGCCAGAUAGGAAAAUUAUCCUCCCCAGCAGCCACCCAUUAGCGACCCAGUCACACGUUUUCCCCCCAAACUUGCGCCCUUGAAGACGUUACAACUCCUGUGAAAAUCUCCGGACAUCGUUGGGAAGGUCAAACUGCGACUUUGCUUCCCGCCCGCGGACUCCAGACCACCAGCCCGCAGUACUCGCUCGCUUCCAUGCCGCAACUGCAGGGGUGGAACCCGGACUGACCUAAGCCGAGACUCCCCUGGUGUUUCUGCCGCCUCUGCUGCUCCAUGCACCGGCUCAGUGUCUGUACGCAGUCAGCCUGCUGUGGAGAAAUGGAUUCUCGCCGUUGACUCAACCCCAUCGAGAUAGUGUGAUGUAUCUCGCCUUCCCCUGGCGGACUGCGAGGGCAUGAGACUGCGAGGAGGGCGGGUUUUCAGUCCUGACUCCCACCUGAAACUGGCCCCUCCUCUUGUUGCCUGGUUACCUGGCGUCCUCAGCAAGGGAAUACGGCUUCGUCUGCGUUUGGAUCGCCGUGACGACCGGGGGCGGGGCUGCUGGCAGCUGGUGGACCUGGAGACAGAGUCAGAGCCAGUUGGGCGGAGACUGAGGAGUCGCGCGCAAAGUCUGAUGAGUACCUUGUCUGCCGGCUCAGAGAUGCAGACUCCCGCUCUUGGCCCCCAGUUCAUAGCGGGGCCCCAGAGUAAGGUACCUGGCAGGAAGAGAGGACGGCCUCCAAUCCGUAAGCUAGAGUUCCAGAGUCACUACGUUGAGCCUCUGUCGCCUCUCAAGGUCCCAAAGAAGAGAGGCAGGAAACCUGGCUUUAAGUUGAAGCCCAGGAUGGUGAUGUCCCCACUAGCUAACUCUCCUCCCAGCAGCACACCAGAACCUGAGAUGGGCUCCCUCCCACAGGAUGCUGCUCUUGUCCCCCACUCUGUCACACCACAAGUCCUAACAGAGACACCAAUGCCUGAUGACUUCCUAUGUGACCCACCAGUGGACUCCAAGCGCUAUGCUCUAGAUCCCAGCGACUCUGCCUUCAAUGUCAUGACAUCACAGUACCCACCAAAGCACUCCUAUGGCUACCGUGGCAGCAGUUGCUCUACUCCAAUGGGCUUGUGCAGACAAGCAUCAAACCCAGGAAGCUUCCAGGAAGGAAACAGGAAUGCUUACAGUCCGAUGCCAGACGCUGGGGAGUGCAAGCGUCCUGCUGGUAAGGACCCGUCCAGCUGGGGUGUUGAGGAGGUCGUUUGGUUCAUCAAAGAUGCUGACCCCCAAGCCCUAGGACCCCACGCUGAGGCAUUCAGGAAGCACGAGAUAGACGGAGACGCUCUGCUCUUGCUUAAAAGUGAGAUGAUGAUGAAGUAUCUGGGACUGAAGCUGGGACCUGCGCUUAAACUCUGUUACCACAUCGACAGGCUUAAACAGAAUCGCUUGUGAUUUGCUGCAGAGGAGCCAAACCCCUGAUUGUCUUUCACUAAAACUGUACCAGUGCGGAUUCUCUCAAACUUUCUCAACCAACAGCAAUACAUCAUGAACGCCUUUGGAUCCAGGCUUUUACUUCGUCUGCACCCGAUUUUGUUGACAAAUUUAACAUGUUGACUGUACAUAUUAAGACUAUUUGCAGCUGAAGCAAUUAUUUCAUCUCCAUCAUGUUUACUGGGUAUCUGAAUGGCUUUAGAUUGUAAAUAGUUUGGCUCCAUGCAGAUGGCAGCUGCUGUAUAUCAAAAUGUCCACACUGCAGUCUGCACGCAGCUUACUGCAUCUGACGCUCAACAGCAUUAAUUUGUGCAGAUGUUAAUCAUGGACACCGUAUCAACACCUCUGAAGACCCACAGAGACAGGGAGCUUAACAAACUUGUAUGGUGCUUUACCUCUAUCAUAUUUAAACUUAAAGAAGUCUUUGGAUUAAGGCACAAAGCUGCUGCAGUUUAUAAAUCAUAGUUUUGUUGUAAACUGAUGAUAAUGUUGAGGCAGGAAUCACUCCUAGACACAAACUGUAACUAAUAACCAAUCUCUCUCUUCUGCAAGUAUUGAAAUCUUUUGAAUUUUUUGGAAAUCUUUUAACUUUGACCUUUAGCUAGUGUGAGCCACUCUUGAGUAAAUCCAAAUUAAGAUGAAUUUUUCUUAAUAUAAGUGAGACUUUCACUUUCUCUAAUCCAUUUUAGUUUGUAUCAAGGCUUUAUCUCUAAUAUUAAAACACGAAAAAUUGCAGUGCAAACAAGUGAUGUAUCUCACACUCAAGAAAAGUGAAACAAAAUGAUUUGCUAACAUGAACAUUUUUUUAACCACAAACCACAGCACAACAGUGAAGCACUUAGGCAUUACACCAGUCAGAGGUGCGUUAUAAUCACAUGACGCUUAUAAUGACAGGAAGGAAAGGAGACAACGACUGGGGGUUUUCACCAUGUUCUCAUGAAUUGUAUAUCAUGUUACACAAUACUGAAUAGCAGGCCACUUUGCAACCUACCUAGUGAGGCUUUUGUUUCAUUUGGGGUUGCAAAGUGGUGUGAGAGACAGCAACUUGUAGCAAACUCAUACAACUCGGUGCUCAGUGAAACUGUUACUGCCACUACAACAACAACACUUAACAAUUUAAUCACUCUCCUCAUACACUUCAUCGCUAUCUCUGUGUGACUUCCAGAUAAAGCUACAGUUUACAUUCUUCUCAUACAAUACCUCUUCAGUCAUUCUGAGUCAUGUUUUGUUCUGCCUAAUAAUAAAACAAUAUUUCAUCUCCAAACUGUAAAAAGUGACAAACUAUUAAGUAAAAUGUAUUGAGCAUUAAUAAUAACAUUUUUUUGCAGCCACCAAAUACAAUUUUGUCAUAUAGAAUUGUACAAACAACAUUAAUGAUCAGUCACAUGCAGUAUAUGACAAACCUGUACAACUUGUGGUUAAACAAUGUUUUUUAACUUACUGUGCAGUACUCAUUACUUAAUCUUUUGUGUUCUAUGUGUUUUGCUUAAAUUUGUGUGUGCCACAGACUUGUGAGUACAGCAUGUAUAUCUGUGUAUGAAUUCUGUAUUUCAUGACUGUCUUGAGCCCUAGUGAGCUAUGGGCUGAUUUCACAUUUUAUUUUCCAGUUGAUGUUUUUCAAUCUGAUAAUUUGAUUUCAGUGAUUUGCAAGAAAUGAGGUAAUCUUGUUGCACAGGAGCAGUUUCCCUAAACUAUAAAUUUCCAAAUGUUUUCCACAAUUUUUUAUCACACGUGUGAGCCAUAUUUAAUCAAUUUUGACUCUCAAAUGACCUUCCUUUUCUUUUUAAUGUUUUUUAAAGCAUACUUUUUCCAGACAAAAUAAACCUUCUUGUUCAAUGAA